UUGACAGCCGUAGAAUAAACAACGAAAAGUAGAAAAAAUGGAGCAAAUUAUUGCAAAUUUGUUGUGUGCCGAUAAUAAUCUGAUUAAACAGGCCACCGCUGACCUUCAAGAGGCCUACAAACGUCCUGAAACAAUUCCCCAACUAUGCGACAUUGUAGUUUCCAACAAGGAAGCUCAAGUGCGCCAAUACUCGGCCGUUCUGUUGAAGAAACGUUUGGGUAAAUUGCGUCACUGGCAAAUGGUUCCACCCGAUCAGCAACAAAUCAUUAAACAAGGCAUGCUGAAUGCUUUGGUCAACGAACAAGAGAAAUCGGUGCGCAACGCCAUUGCCCAGUUCGUCGGUGUUUUGGUACGCCACGAAAGCAGCGAUAAGCAGGGCGGUGCCUACAUGAACGAAGUCUUGAAAUUCGUCUAUGGCCAUUGCAGUUCCGCCGAUCCCAAGCAAAGUGAAUUGGGCUCAUCGAUCUUUGCCACUUUGACCGAUGUGGCACCCGAUCAAUUUGUACCCCAUAUGGAAUCGGUUUGUGAAAUGUUCACCGCUGCCCUUAUGGCCACUGAGGCUAGUGGUAAUAUGUCAUCACCGGUUAUUUUCAAUAUUUUGACUGGUAUGACUUAUUUGGUACCCUUCAUUUUGGGCCACAAUGCUGCCGAACAGACUUAUCAAAAGUCGAUUCCAUUGAUUAUUAAAUCGUUGCAAGCUUUUGCUGUCCAGCCAGAUCCCGAUCAGUUUGUACGUGCUUUUGAUAUUUUGGAGAGCAUGGCUGAUUAUACACCUAAGUUGUUGACCACCAAUAUUAAACCCUUGUUGGAUUUCUGUUUGGAAGCAUCCAACAACAAUCAAUUGGAUAGUGCUGUGCGCGUUAAGACUGUGGCCUAUAUCGGUUGGUUGGUUCGCCUGAAGAAGAAGGUUAUCAUCAAGCAGAAAUUGAUUGAACCCAUUAUUCAGGUUGUGUUCAAUUUAAUGGCCACCGAACCAGAGGGUGAUGAUGAUGACGAAGAAUAUUUCUUGGGGGAGGAUAGCUCAAAUCCCAUGACCACUGCCACCCAAACCAUGGAUCUGUUGGCCUUGAAUGUACCACCAGAGAAAUUGAUUCCUCCACUAUUGCAAUUGUUGGAGCCUGCCUUGCAGGGCCAGGAUCCUUUGCCACGUCGUGCUGCCUACUUGAGCAUGGCUGUCAUUGCCGAAGGCUGCUCUGAGGCCAUUUGCAAUAAGUACUUGGAAACAAUGUUGAACAUUGUUAAAGUUGGUAUCACCGAUCCCACACCUUUGGUACGCAACGCCGCCUUCUUUGCUUUGGGACAAUUCUCGGAACAUUUGCAACCCGAUAUUACCAAGUUUGCCCCACAAAUUUUACCCAUUCUCUUCGAAUUCUUACAACAACUGUGCAACGAAUUGAGAAGCGGUGGUACUGAACCCAAACACAUCGAUCGUAUGUUCUAUGCCCUGGAGACAUUCUGUGAAAAUUUGGAGAAUGCCUUGGUGCCACAUUUGCCUUUGUUAAUGGAAAGACUUUUCGAAGCCAUGAAUCCCAACAACUCGGUACGUCUACGUGAAUUGUCACUCAGUGCCAUUUCUGCUGCCGCCAAUGCUGCCAAGGAAAAUAUGUUGCCUUAUUUCCAACAAUUAAUUGCCAUGCUGCAAACCUAUUUGGUCAAGACCGAAAACGAAGAUAUUUUGGCUUUGCGUUCCCAGGCCAUUGACACGCUGGCCUCUUUGGCUCGCACCAUUGGCAAACAAAACUUUAUGCCUUUGGCCACCGACACCAUGAACUUUGCCCUCUCCCUGUUGGAGGAGGCCGAUGAUCCCGAUGUACGUCGUGCUUUGUACAAUUUAAUUGCCGCUCUCGCUGAGGUCGUUAACGAAGAAAUGGCUCCCGUCUAUCCUAAAAUUAUGACUCGUCUCUACGAUUCAAUUUUGUCCACCGAAGAAGUUAUCCCUGAAUUCAAGGAGGAUGUCAUCACUGUACCCGGCCCAGAAAACGACGAAAAUGAUGAUCGUGAAAUUGAUAUUGAAAAUUCCGAUGGUGAGGAUGAUGAUUUGGACAACAUUGCUGGUUACAGUGUUGAAAAUUCCUAUCUGGAUGAAAAGGAAGAAGCCAUUUUGGCAUUGAAAGAAUUUGCCCAACAUACUGGUGCUGCAUUCAUUCCCCACUUGGAGGAGUCCUAUAAGAACGUGUACAAAAUGAUCGAUCAUCCUCAGGAGGAUAUUCGUAAGGUAUCAAUUGAUGCCUUGGCCACAUUCAUUAUUGCUCUGUUCAAGCAAAAUGAUGUACAGGGUGUGGCCAAUGCCAUUACCAUUCUCAUACCCAAAAUGGGACAAAUUGUUCGUGAUGACGAGGAGGUGUCGGUUGUUUUGGCCGCUUUGGAAAGUUUUUCGGAUUUGUUGAAGGAGUUGAAACAAUUGGCUUUGGCCGAUGACAAGAUGUGUGAUACGAUUUUCACUUGCAUCAAUGAUGUGUUGCUGGGCAAGGUGGCCUGCCAGUUUGACGAACCCAAUGCCGGUAAUGAUGAUGAGGAAACGGAGGAGAGCGAAUAUGAGGAGGCUAUUGUUGAGGCAGCUGGUAAUUUGUUGCCUUUGUUCGGCCAUGCUAUGGCCCCAGAGAAAUUUGCAUUGUACUUCGGUCGUAUCUAUCCCAUCUUCUUGACAAAAUUGCAAAAGGCCAAGAAGAACGAGGACCUUGAAUCCCAACGAGCCUUCGUCUAUGGCGCCUUGGCUGAAUGUUUUGAUGCCUUGAAGAAGAACAGUGCCACCUAUUUUGAUACAUUGUGCCCCAUUAUGAUUGAAGGUCUUUCCGAUGAAUUCAAUCAGGCAAGACAAAAUUCCGUAUUCGGUUUGGGCGAAUUGGUUCUACACUCUGAGGAGAAAUCAUUUGAAGCUUAUCCUCACAUCUUAAUGGCCCUGUCCCAAGCCGUCUCCAAGGAAACUGAGCCAGCCGCCUUGGACAACAUCUGUGGUGCUAUUGCCCGUUUAAUUUUGACCAACUGCCAAUUGGUACCCUUGGAUCAAGUAUUACCCGUUUUCUUGCAACAUUUGCCAUUGCGUGAAGAUUUCGAUGAAAAUGCCACCGUCUUCAAGUGCUUCAAGCUGUUGUACAUCCAAGCCAGGGAUCAAAUUGUCCCUUCAUUGGAACAGAUAUUGGCCAUUGCCAUUCACGUCUUGUACAAAAAGGAAUUUGUUGAUCAAGAUACCUGUGACAAUGCUGUGGCUCUGCUUAAGGAAAUCCGUGAAAGUUAUCCCGAUAAAUUUAAUGCUGUGGCUAAUUCUAAUCCCGAAAUUGUCAAUUUUUUGCAGACUCUGUAA